ACCAUAUGGUCAGCCUACACAGCGAGGGAUCGUCCGGGUCUAGCCUACGCACCCAGGAGCACCUCAGCGUCAAGCAUGCCCUGCCCAAGACUAGAGUUACCCACACCAUUCUUCACGAGAACGUCAGCCAGGACAGACAGCUGGGGAUGGUCCUAAGGACCCUGAACAACCGGCAGAAGAAGUACGAAGGUUUAGCAUAUCAGACGAAGAACACGUUCCUGCAUAGACAGAAACGGAAGGAGGAGAAAUGGAAAAGGGAGGACACGGUGAGACUUCAGAGUAUGAAGUUUCCGACCAUCCGGAAUGUGAAGUCUGAAGAUCGGCCUGGGAGCAUGUUGAUCAUGUACCGCAAGCCCCGUUACCCUAUCACCGAGUCGGACGAUAUCAAUGAGGCCAAACCACCCGAUCUGAACGAGUUCUUGCUCCCUAUCAUGGAGAUCACGCCCGAGAAGACAGAGAUUGUAACACAUCGGGAAAAGACGUUCAUUACAAAGCUUCCGCCUGUGGUGAAGGUGGAUGAAUUGAAACUCAAACGGUUCAAUACGUAUUGCGGGACGGGAUUUCUUGAGAGGAGUUUGCCUGGAACUUCGGAGCGCUUUCGGAGGCUGACAGGAUCACUUUCAGACAUUCCUGCGCACUUUGAGGAUCAGGAAAGGCUGCCGAAGCGAUACGAUGAAACCAUUGAUGAAAGUGUUAAAGGUAAUGGAGAAGAUGGGAUCGUUGACGAUGGAGAAAUGGAUGAUGUAUCUGAUGAGGGCGAGGUCAAGGCCAGUCAGAAUGAAGUGGUUGAUGAAGUGGUUGAUGAUGAGACACCACGUGACUGUGACGACACACCACGUGAUGUUGAUGUCACGCCGCAUGAUGAUGACGGCGCUUAUGAUGGUGACGAUGAAGCCCCGUACGAUCCUUCAAAGGUUAAGACCCCCGAACCAUCCCUGUAUCGAAGGUUGAAGAUUGAUAGGGACUGUAUGUUCCCAAUGUUAAAUAAACUCACAAAGUCGUCAUCUGAUGGCGCACUCUUGAAUACACACAAAGUGAGCGGGGAAGGUAAAGCUUCUUUCAGGAGACUUAGUCAACAGGUUGUGCGAGAUAUCAAAACUAAAAGUGUGAAGGAUUUGUCAAAGCGAUACGGCCUCCUGGCAACUGUGAAUGCGCGAUACCGGAAGUCAUCCGAUGGCAUGAAACCGUAACCCCUCCCCUCCGUCGCCGUGGCGGCAGACUUGAAACUGACGGCUCAGGGGAGACUUUACAGUAAUGAAUGCCUAUCUCUGAAGGCAU